CAAUGCGCAUGUGCGAUCGAUAAUUUCCUUUUGUAAAGUGGACUCGUCAAUCGUCACAGAAAAUGCCUCCAGUGCCACCGAAAGUAAACGCUGUGCUACUGGGGCCCCCUGGCUCAGGAAAAGGCACACAGGCACCAAAAUUAGUAGAUGAAUACAAAGUAUGUCAUCUUUCAACAGGGGACAUGCUAAGGGCAGUUAUAGCCUCGGGGUCAGAACUGGGGAAGAGGGUUAAAGGUGUUAUGGACCAAGGUCAACUGGUGAGCGAUGACCUGGUCAUUGAAAUGAUUGACAAAAACCUGGAUAAACCAGAGUGUGCCAAUGGAUUUCUGCUGGAUGGAUUCCCUCGCACCAUCAAACAAGCAUCUGCUCUUGACAAACUGUUGGAGCAGAGAAAAUCCAAGCUGACUGCAUGUGUGGAAUUCAAAAUUGAUGAUUCUUUAUUGGUGCGGCGCAUCACCGGGCGUCUCAUUCAUCCACCAAGUGGAAGAUCAUAUCAUGUGGAGUUCAAUCCACCCAAAGUUCCCAUGAAAGAUGAUAAAACUGGAGAACCACUCAUAAGAAGAUCAGACGACAAUGAAGAAGCCUUGAUGAAGCGACUGGACUCUUAUCACAAACAAACCAGUCCUCUCGUAGAUUACUACAGCAAGAAAGGGAUCCACACGGCCGUGGAUGCCAAGCAGCCACCCAACGUUGUCUUUGCUGCCAUUCAGGCCGCCUUCUCAGGGAAAGGAAAAGAUAAACUACGACUACUUGGACAGGGAUAGUUACAUGUAGAUCAUUUUUACAUUGAAACGCCAUCUAUCGUUUAGUUCAAGCAAACCUUGACAUAAAUUAUUUUUUCAUAGACGUACUUGCAUACAUCUUUGAAAUCGAAUGAAUGAUGAAAUUUAUAUGCAUGGUAUCCCAAGGAUUUCAUUUGUUGAAAAAUUGUUAGAAGUGAAUUGAAUUCACUUUACUUUUUAUCAUAAAGCUUUACAACACAUUAUCUCCAAGUUAGAAAAAAAUUGUCAUGUUACCGGAAAUCUUGAAUCAAGGUUGCAAUUUAUGUAUAUGUUAUAUCUUUUUCCAAAAAUAAAUUUAUUUUUAACCCAGA